AUGAAGAAGCUUUUUUCAUUUAGAUCAAAUGCAUCUAACGGUAAAAACAGUAAUCAAGUCUCACCGCCAUCAACAGAUAAGCAAGUCUACUGGGAGAGACCAACAGAAAGUAUUAACAAGCCCAGAAAAGACAAACAGGGCUCGGAAAAUCAGGUUUUUGGUACUGCUCCUUGUCUUAGAAGAAGCCUUUCAUAUUCAUCUGGAGCCCUACACUAUGGGAAUUUUGCCGAUCAAGGUGGCUCACCUCGUAGUACCAGUAAUUCACUCAAGCAAUCUGGUCAACAUUCCACCCGUUGUCUUACUCCAACUCCUGAGAGACAAUCCAGGACAAAUUUUUUUGAACUGGGUAUGGUUCGAAAUGAGCAGAGAGUAGGGAAAUCAGAUAGCGUUGCAAUGCGAGAACAUUCUGACAUAUCUGAGGCCUCUUCAUAUGGCUCCAGUAACGUAUCGAAUAAAGUUUUGGAUCGUUACAUCGAUGGAGAACAACAGAUGGAUACGAGUGCUUCAAUGACCCACUUUUCCACGAGAAAUCACAUUGACAAUGGCAACUCUGGGAGAAUGCGGCCACCAAGAGUUCAAUGUACUGCACCUAUUUCACCAAAGGAUGGCAGGAAGCAGAAACCAAAGUCUCAAUCCUUCAGAGAAGCAAAAUUAUCUCAGCUUCAGUUGUCAUCUGGAGAUUGGGAGGAGAAUGGCUUUUGCCGUGAAUCCCCUAGAAAACUUGCAAAGAAUGUGGUCGAGAGACUUACCCAAUCUCGAGUUUUGUCUAAGAUUAGGUCAAAAGAAUAUGACUCGGAGACCCCAAUCACUAUUGAAGAUAUUUAUAGCAGAACCUUCAACGAAAGUUCCAGUGCGUAUUCUGAUGAAGUUUCUACAAAAAACUGCACAUUAGAUAGGCAUCCAGAGACUACUGAUGGAUACCAUCAUGAAGAAACUUUAGGAUUCUCAGAGAAAGAGACUUCUUUCAGUGGUAAAGAUGGGUUUGCACUAAAUUUGGAGGCUAUUGAUGAUACAGAUACUGAACUUUUUAGAAAAUCCAAGGAAGCUGAUGACCGCGCUGCAUACCUUUCAGAAGAACUCGAGCGGGAAAACUUUUUUCAAGUCAGAGGAUGCAAUGUGCCAGUGUUGAUUCAGACAAUUAAAAGCCUGACAGAGGAAAAGGUAAAAAUGGCCAUAGAAGUUUCAGCUGUCCUACAGGACCGGAUUGCUGAAAAGGCCUUACUUAGGGAAGAGCUCAAACUAGCAAGGGAAGAGUCAAGCACACAGGCCCGGAGAUUGGAGAAGGAAAAGCAUGAGUUGCAGUUGGCACUUGAAAAGGAAUUGGACAGGAGAUCAAUUGAGUGGUCCCACAAACUUGAAAAAUAUCAGUCUGAAGAGCAUAGGCUUCGAGAGAGGGUUAGGGAGCUCGCAGAGCAAAAUGUUUCCCUUCAAAGGGAAGUAUCUUCCUUCAGUGAAAGGGAAGUGGAUACUAGAACCAGAAUUACUAAUUCAGAGAGACAGCUUGAAAGCAUAACCACUCAAGUCAAUGAAGCUAGAGAGGAAAAGCAAUAUUUACAGAAAAAUCUUAUUGAACUGCAAGACAAAUUUAGAGCAGCAGAAGAAGAUCGAGAUUGCUUUCGAAGAAACUAUGAGGCGAAAGCUGUUGAGUGCAAGGAUAUGCACAGAUCCAUCAGUAGACUGCAAAGGACCUGUAGAGAUCAAGAGAAAACAAUCGAUGGAUUGCGGGGGCUUUGUGAAGAUCUUCGGAAGAAAGUUUCUUUAGAGAACUGUGAUUUCGAGUUUGCAAAGCUGCAAGUGGAACAUAUGAGAUUGACCGGAGUGGAGCAUGCCCUGAGAAAGGAGGUGCAAUCUUACAGACUUGAAGUUGAUUCACUUAGGCGUGAGAACAUAGAUCUACUGAAUCGUCUGAAAAACGGUGGGAAAGAUGGUGCAACUUUAACUUUUAAGUUAGAUCAAGAACUACAGAAUCGUAUUAGCUGCUUGCUAAAUCAAGUGCUUCCGUCUCUUAUGGAGAACAACCAACUUUCUAGGAAGUUACUUGAAUAUAUAAAAGCCAAUGAAAGACGCACACUGAAAAGUGGACAUGGAUCUGAGACAGGUUUAGAUUGCCAAUUUAUUCUUGAAUGUGAAGUGAAGCUUCAAGGUUUUGAGCGGGCCACUGAAAACUUGACAAGGAGUGUGCAGACAGUCUCCAGUGUGCUGUAUGCAAAAUCCACGAAGUUGCAUGACACACUUGGCCCAGUUACCCUGGAAACUCAAUCAUCCAGACUAGAUGACGAGUCAUAUAAACUAGAUGAUCGAAAAUCAGAGGAGAUAAUGCGAUCCGAGUUAAAAGCAGAGACCUUAUUGACAAGUUUGUUGCGUGAGAAGCUUUAUUCCAAAGAGCUCGAUGUGGAGCAACUUCAAGCUGAGCUGGCUGCAGCUGUCAGAGGUAAUGACAUACUCAAAUGCGAAGUGGAAAAUGCAUUGGAUAAUUUUUCUUGUGUAAACCACAAGAUGAAAGAUCUUGAAAUUCAGAUGAUGAAGAAGGAUGAUAUUAUUAAUCAACUUCGAACUGAUUUGCAAGAAUGUAAGAAAGAACUGACAAUUGCAGGGGGAAUACUACCAAAAGUAUCCGAAGAGAGGGAUUUAAUGUGGGAGGAGAUUAAGCAAUAUAGUGAGAAGAACAUGUUACUGAAUUCUGAGAUCAAUAUGUUGAAAAAGAAGAUAGAGACCCUCGACGAAGAUAUACUCUUGAAAGAAGGCCAAAUCACUAUUUUGAAAGACACCAUAGGCAAACCUUUUGAUCUUCUUGCAAGUCCAGAUUCUACUCGAGACUUUCUACUGGCAUGA